GACGGGGCCAUUUCUACCUCUGACCUCACAAGGGGCCAUUGUGAGGAAUCUCAAGCAGCCGGUAUAUAAGGGGGCGGCUGAGGCUGGGCUUUGUCCACUAGUACAGGAAGCUCUUGGUGGUGACCUGUCGGACUCCCAGGUAGUUAGUGCGUUUGGUGGUUGGCGGUUGGUGGUUGUGGUCUGUGGAUAUUGGUUUUUUGAUUUGGGUUUUUUGUUUUGUCUGGUUUUGGUUUUUGAUUUGGAUUUGUUGUUUUGGUUUGUUAUUUUUUUUUUCAGCCAGCAUCCUUAGAGGGUGGGUGUUCCUGCUCAGGAUGUCCAUGGUUAGCAAGAGUAGUCAGUCUAGAGUAGCGUUGCUGGGGCCGGGCUCCUGCCAGGAGCCAGGCUUCCUGGACCAGUAUGAGGUCCUGAGGGCCAUUGGGCAUGGCGAGUUUGGCCAGGUCCACCUGGCCCGCCAUCGCCUCACGGGGGCAGAGGUGGCAGUGAAAGUCCUGAAGACGGAGACAGAGGACAUGUCGGACCUCUCCGAACCUCUAAUGUUGGAGAGCCUGGAGCACCCCAACGUGAUCCAGCUCUUCCAGGUGAUCAGGACCAGGGAAAACCUGUACAUGGUGAUGGAGCAUGCAGGUGGGGGACAGCUACUUGAGCGCAUCCCACGUGGUGGCAUGCCGCAGGAGGAGGCCCGCAGACUCUUCAGGCAGAUCGUGUGUGCCCUGGGCCACUGCCACGACAAGGGCAUCAUGCACAGAGACCUGAAGCCAGCGAACAUCAUGCUGGAUGCCAGAGGACACGUGAAACUCAUUGACUUCGGCCUCAGUGCCAGGUUCACGGCCGGGCAGAAGCUGAAUGACUUAUGGGGUACUCUGGCUUACAUUGCCCCAGAAAUUGUCCUGGAGCAAGAGUAUGAGGGCCCCUCAGCGGACAUCUGGAGCCUGGGCGUCACUCUCUAUUUUAUGUUGACGGGGAGCCUCCCAUUCAGGGGGGACACCCCUCAGGAGAUGCUGAUGAGGAUCCUUCUGGCAAGGUUCCAGGUGCCCAGCUCUGUUCCCGUCAAAGCACGAAGGCUCAUCCGCCAGAUCCUCGUCUUGAAACCCAAGAAGCGACCCACAGUGAAGCAGAUCCUGCAGCACCCAUGGCUGCGGCAGGGUGAGCCGUGUGCACCCCAUCCUUCCAGCCAGGCCCUCCCCACACGCCCAGACCCCGCCAUCCUGACCAUGCUGUUCGACAUGGGUUUUGAUCCCUACCAAACCUGGGUGUCUCUGGCCAAGAGGAAGUUUGAUGCGGUGAUGGCGACGUACCUCAUCCUGAAGCACCAGCAAGGCCAGGGGGUAGGGAGCGCCUUCCAGGGGCAGCCUGUGCCUCAGUGGCUUAGGCCUCGCCAGCGCCCCGAGAAUCUCUCCCAUGUCCCUGUCCUCCCACAGAGGAGCGCCAGCCAGCCUGCCCUGCGCACCUCCCCCUUGCGCUCUGAGAACCCGCUGCCCGAGGACGCCCAACAGCCAGGGCACAGGGGCAUCAGGGCUGGCAGCCUGCCUGCCAUUCCUCUGCGCUGCCCGCCUGCAGGGGCCCCCACUCUCCGCAGCUGCUCCCAGUCUGACUCUGGCUUCUCCAGGCUCAAGCCCUCCAGGGUCCUCGCCUGGUGGCCCAGGGCACAGAGCAGCUCCUCCUCCCAGGACACAGCCCCGAGGCAAGGCCCUGGCCACACCAAUGGCUGGAAACGGGUGAGGAGCAGGAUCGCUGCCUGUGUGCGAGCCCUGUGCUGCUGCUGUGUGCCACGUGUCAGCGAUAAAGUGGCUCCAAUGUCAUAGAGAAGAGACGUGCCACACCCAUAGACGGCCUGCCUCCAAGGAAGUGGAGAGCCAGCCAGACAGACAGCGCCAGCGGCCGGCCAUCUCUCCUCUGCCCCCACCUGCGGAAGACCUCAGAGACUGUUCUGCCUGGGACACUUCGCCCUGCUGGGACACUCCACCCUGCCCCUCUCUCCUCUCCCCCAUUCUUCUCAGAUAUUUCUUAAUAAAUUGGUUUCAGACAAA